ACUUAGUCAGUCGGGUCACAGCAACGACGAACUGUCAGUGAAGAUGUGCGUGCAAAUAUUUGUGCGGUGGAAAAAGUGAUAUGUGCUUCUCUUCUCGUGUUUAUCUGUUGAUUUAUUUACGCGAGAGCCGUGCUGGAGUCAAGAUACUCUUCCCAGUCAGGUGAACCAGGCAGCAUCAGCAGAUCGUGCAUCAGUGCUUUGCCGGAGAGUCCUAUGUGAAGGCGCACAGUGAAAACUGGCGAAGUUCGAUUACAGAAACAUCAAAACCAAAGAGAAAAUGGAUUUCGAUCGAGUUUUGGACGAAAUUGGUGAAUUUGGCAAAUUUCAACUGACCAAUUACUUGCUUAUUUGCCUUCCGGUAUUUUUCGGCGCUGCCAACAGUUUGUCCUACGUUUUUACUGCAGGUGUUCCAAACUACAGGUGCUUUGUACCCAAUUGCGAUGAUCCAAUAGAUCCUAUUUAUGACGAAUCCUGGAUUGACUACGCCGUCCCUGGAUCAACAGAUUCGCGAGGAAUUUUUACACCUGAACAGUGUCAACUCUUUGUCCAGGAUAAUUCUACACUUAGCAGGCAACACUCAUUGACGACAUUUGAGCAGUGCCCACCGAACAUAUUCACGAGCCAUAUUGAAGAGUGCAAUCAGUGGGUGUUUGACCAAUCAGAAAGGACAAUAGUUCAGGAGUGGGAUAUCACAUGUAUGGCCAAUCAUUGGAAGUUGAGUCUGGUCGGUACAAUGCACUUCCUGGGAAUUGUAUCAGGAUCAUUUGUGUUUGGCGUUCUAGCUGAUAGAUAUGGUCGCAAGAUAGUGCUUAUUCUCAGUAUUCUAUUCAUGUCCAUCACUGGAAUUGGUCAGGCAUUAUCAGGUGAUUACAUUACAUUUAUCGUAUUUGCCUACCUCAAUGCUGUUGGUACUUCUGGAGUUUAUCCUCUGGCAUUCAUUCUGGGCGUAGAGAUGGUGGGCAAAAGCAAGCGAGAGAUGUCAGGCAAUGUACUCAACUACUUCUAUGCUCUUGGGGAGGCCUCAGUGGGUCUUGUGGCUUGGCUUAGUGGAAAUUGGAUGAUUGUCCAGCUGGCAGUGUCUGCGCCACCACUCCUCUUUGCUCUCUACUAUUGGAUCGUUCCGGAGUCAGUGCGGUGGCUGCUCGCCAAGAAGCACACACACAAGGCGGGAAAAAUUAUCAAGCGUGCGGCUAAAAUCAACGGAGUGGUUUUAUCAGAUUCGAUUCUUGCCACUUUUGACGACAGCGAUGACAAUGAUAUGAGUGACUCGAAGGAGGGCAUCGUUGAGGAGACAGACAAAUCCACAUCGCAGAUUGCAGUGAUGAAGGAGGCAUUUAAAUCAAAGACACUCAUGAUAAGAUUUGCCAUCCUCAUUUACAAUUGGAUCACCAAUGCUUUUGUGUACUACGGAUUGUCGCUCAACUCCACCAGUCUCAGUGGGAAUAAAUAUUUGAACUACGCCCUCGUCUGUCUCAUCGAAAUCCCCGGAUACACUCUCGCAUGGAUUGCCAUGAAUAAAAUUGGACGGAGAUGGUCUCUAAGUUCUUCUCUACUUCUGUGUGCAGUGACAUGCGUUCUUGGUGGUUUCAUCGAUGCAGACCUCACUUGGGCCGUUGUGUCGUUGUUCCUGAUCGGAAAGCUCGGUAUUACCAUAUCUUUCUCUGUGAUAUACACCUAUAGUGCCGAGAUGAUUCCCACUGUCAUCAGAAGUGCGGGUGUUGGUGCUUUGUCCACAAUAGCAAGAUUUGGUGCAAUGUUGGCACCUUUCGUGCCUCUUCUUGGUCUCUACAUUAAACCACUGCCUUUAAUACUCUUCGGGAUAUUGUCUCUCGUCGGCGGUAUAACUGGAUUCUUUCUUCCUGAGACACUCAAAAAGAAACUGCCAGAUACUGUGGACGAAGCGGAAAGCUUAGGUAAGACAGAAACUGAUAUUGAAUUGAGGUCAGAGCCCUUCAAACAAAGCUGAUGGACAAAAAACGAUUAGAAUCAGAAGGCCAAUGGAUUACACAUAUCAAGGAUAAUUUUAAGUAUGAUUUUUUUUUCAUGAAAAUUGAGAGUUUGAUUUCUAGCCAAAAUAAGCCCUUUUGUGCUGCUUUAACCAAUUUACUUGAAGUGGUUUUACUAUCUCAAGCAAAUAUGAAUUUGAUAUUUGAUGAUAAACAUCGUGUUUGUCUCAAUUGAGAUGUGAGUUAAUAUUUGUAAGAGCAAUAUUUUUUGAGUAACAAAUAAUAGUAUUUGCAAGUGUAUAUAAAGAGAGAGAAAUGUGGAAAUGCUUUUCAAUGUAAAUUCUGUUGAUUUUCUACUCAGAAAGAGAUAAGAUGAAAGCCGAAUUUAUCUAUUUGCUAUACACUUGAAUUGAAUGACUACACAGUACGAUUUGUAUGCCAUAAUUAUUUGAUAGAUUUUUUCUACUGUUGUAUUUGUUUUGUUUUAUUUCAUAGAUGAAAUAUUUUUUCACAAGCAUAGAUUAAUAAGUACCUGUGUAACAACAAAUUUGUACAAUAAAAUACAAUAAUGU